CAUGAUCUCAAAUGCGAUUGGUUCACAAUGCUUGUGUGUUUUGAAAGCAUCAAUGUUAGCUAAUCAUUUAUACAUUUUGUAGAUUCGCUAAAUCCAAUCGCUGAUCUGGACCAGACACACGUUAGGAACAGCUAGCUAGCUGUUCGUUUGGUGAAAGUACUUCCUUUCCCAAGACAAGCUGUCAUGCGUCCCUAAUUGUCAACUCCCACAGUACAACAGAAUUGUGAUGGGAUAUGGCGGCACCAGAAACUCAGCUCAUGUUAAGCGUUGGGUUAAUUGAGAAAGAUGUGAAUGCAGACACCUUGUGGGUGUGGUGCUAUCCCUCAGUCAGUGCUGAGCUCCGGGAGGUCCUGCUCAGUAAGUGCUGUCUCAGACAGGACAGCCGAGGCUUGCACACUUUUGUGUUUGGCCAGUUCCGCCGUACCUGGUACUACAUAUCCACUGUAGAGGUGCAGGAACCAACCGCUCUAAAGAAGGUCACACAUUUUUCAAUAGUUGUCACAACAAAGGACUUCAACCCUGAGAAGUAUGCAGCAUUCAGUCGAGUACUAUGCAGGAUGUACAUCAAACAUGGGAGCCCCGUGAAAAUGAUGGAGGGUUACAUUGCAGUCCUCACCAAAGGCGUCUGCCAAAGUGAUGAGAAUGGCUCCUUUCUCAUCAAGGACUACGAUGUCAGGAAGGCCUACUUAGCAGGCUCAGUGAAAGAUGUGGUGUCCCAGUUUGGGAUGGAGACCAUCAUCCUGUACACAGCCCUUAUGCUAAAGAAGAGGAUCGUGGUCCAUCACCCUCAGGUUGAAGCACUGUUGGAGUUCACAAGAGCUCUUCCGGCUCUGACAUGGCACAGGAAAGACUGGUCCAUUUUGCACCCUUAUGUCCACCUGACUGACAGUGAGCUCGAGAAUCUCAGGACGUGCACUGGGUACAUCGCAGGAUUUGUUGACCCAGAAGUGAGCAACAGAUCGGACUUGUUUGACGUAUAUGUAAACCUCCCAGAUAGUGAGAUUACUAUAUCCCAGAGUGCCAAAGAGGCCAUGUCUAUGGGAAAGCUGCACAAAGACAUUGGGCUCGUCAUUGUCCAGUCUGCAGAGAAUGCUGAUAGAACAGACGGGCAGAUUAUCAAGGACAUUUCCAUAAAGACGAGGGAGAUCCUUGCUAACUUGGCGUCGUUAGCCGAGGAAUGUGAGAACUCUAAAAUCACCCUGGAGACCUUAAAGCAGCGCCACUUCCCGCCUGCUACAGAGAACUUCCUGUUUCACUUGGCAGCUGCUGAGCAGCUCCUCAAGAUAUGACCCUUGAUCUCCUACAUCAUGUAACAUGCCAUGUCGUGUGAGGACUGAAUAUUAGCAUAGGCAUUCAUCUAUGUAAUUAUACAUACAGUGGCGUGUUAAGGAGAAUGGGAAGAACUCAGGUGUUAGGUAUUGCACACAAUUGCAUUCCUGACUCUUAACAAUACUAACAGAGCCUACUUUUCACAAUGUAACAGACAAAUGAGAUAUACAGACAUUGUCUUGUUUUGACAAUAAUACAAUAACAACAUUUACAUAGCAUUCCAUAGUUCAGCAAUUCAAUAGUUAAUCUUAAAACCGCUAACAGAUUAAUUUGAGUUCUCAAGAACCUUGAUUUAGCAUGUUAUAUUUCAGAAUUAAAGAAAGCGAUCUAUGGGAAAUAUUGUAUACUGAACAAAAAUAUACAAUACAUGUAACAAUUUCAAAGAUUUUAUUGAGUUACAGUUCAUUUCAGGAAAUCAGUCAAUUGAAAUAAAUUCAUUAGGCCUUAA